CUUCACAUGAAACUUAGCGCGUUACACCCACUGCAAACCAGAAGGGGAAUGAAACGCUGACGCUUCCUCCUUUCUGUUACCGGCAGCGAGGGCUUGUGAAAUACGGCAGGCAAAAAUGUUUGUGCUCCUGAUGAUGAACGACUGUGAAGCCAUGGGAAACGCGGAAAGCCAAAACGUAGAGCACGCCUUCUACGGAGACAAGCACGCCAGCCUGGGCCGCAAGCACACCUCGCGCUCGCUCCGCCUCUCCAACAAAGCUUCUCGCCGGAGCCGGCACGCUUCUUCUGGAAAAAUCAUCCACAGGAACUCCGAAGUGAGCACCCGCUCCAGCAGCACCCCCAGCAUCCCCCAGUCGCUGGCGGAGAACGGUCUGGAGCCCUUCGCCCAGGAGGCCAACCUCGAGGACUUUGGGAGCCCCAUCUGGGUGGACCGCGUGGACAUGGGCCUGCGGCCCGUCUCCUACCACACCGACUCCUCCGUUACGCCCAGCGUGGACAGCAGCACCGUCCUCACCGCGGCCUCCGUCCAGAGCAUGCCCGACUCGGAGGAGAGCCGGCUCUACGGGGAGGAGCCGCCCUUCCUGGCCGAGAGCGACGGGAGGCCGCACCGCUACGCGGCCAACGGGACGGGCUUCAUGGAGACGGCCAGCUUCAAGAAGAAGCGCUCCAAAUCGGCCGACAUCUGGCGCGAGGACAGCCUGGAGUUUUCGCUUUCUGACCUCAGCCAGGAGCAUUUGACGAGCAACGAGGAAAUCCUGGGCCUGGCCGAAGAGAAGGACGGCGAGGCGGCCCGGGGGACGGAGGCUGGUGGCAGCCCCCAGCAGCUGGUCACCUGCCAGCGUGCCAACUCCAUGAGCGACCUGUACUCCCCCAAAACCCCAAGUGCUGCCAUAAACGGAGGCCCGCGCAAUGCCUUCGGAGGGUACUGCCGGAAUUUGGUGUCCGACAUCCCGGAUAUCGGCGGCCAUAAGAUGGCGUCGGGCGCUGCCGAAGAUGCGCCCUCCUACAGCAAUUACAACACGCUGCCCUGCAGGAAGUCCCACUGCCUUUCCGAAGGGGCCACCAACCCGCAGAUCAGCCAUAGUAACAGCAUGCAAGGCAGGAGGGCGAAAACUACUCAGGACGUGAACGCAGGUGAGGGGAGCGAGUUCACCGACAGCGGGAUCGAGGGAGCAGCCACUGAUACCGACCUCCUGUCCAGGCGCUCCAAUGCCACCAACUCCAGCUACUCGCCGACGGCCAGCCGGGCCUUCAUCGGCAGCGACAGCGGGAGCAGCUCGACGGGCGACGGGCUUCGACAGGGGGUGUACGAGAACUUCCGACGGGAGCUGGAGAUGAGCACCACCAACAGUGAAAACCUGGAGGAGGCCGGCUCUGCCCUCAGCGACGAGCAGAGCAGCGGCACCCUCAGCUCCCCGGGGCAGUCCGACAUCCUCCUGACAGCUGCCCAGGGCACGGUACGGAAAGCCGGCGCUCUGGCAGUGAAAAACUUUCUGGUGCACAAAAAGAAUAAGAAAGUGGAGUCAGCCACGCGCAGGAAGUGGAAGCACUACUGGGUUUCCCUGAAAGGAUGCACGUUGUUUUUUUAUGAGACCGAUGGCAGAUCUGGCAUUGACCACAACAGCAUCCCAAAGCACGCCGUCUGGGUGGAAAACAGCAUAGUGCAAGCAGUACCUGAACACCCCAAGAAGGACUUUGUUUUCUGUCUCAGCAAUUCCCUCGGGGAUGCUUUCCUUUUUCAGACCUCUAGCCAGACAGAACUCGAGAACUGGAUCACUGCGAUCCAUUCAGCCUGUGCAACUGCAGUGGCAAGGCAGCAUCACAAAGAGGACACCGUCAAGCUCCUGAAGACUGAGAUAAAGAAGCUGGAGCAGAAGAUCGAUAUGGAUGAGAAGAUGAAGAAAAUGGGUGAAAUGCAGCUGUCCUCAGUAACGGACUCCAAGAAGAAGAAGACCAUACUGGAUCAAAUUUUCGUUUGGGAACAAAAUCUUGAACAGUUCCAGAUGGAUCUAUUUCGGUACCGCUGUUACUUGGCUAGUCUCCAAGGAGGGGAGCUCCCAAACCCUAAAAGACUGCUUGCUUUUGCCAGCCGUCCGACUAAAGUUGCAAUGGGCCGUCUUGGAAUCUUUUCAGUCUCUUCAUUCCACGCGCUGGUGGCGGCUCGCACCGGGGAGUCUGGAGUGAGGAGACGGACGCAGGCCAUGUCCAGAUCUGCCAGUAAGCGGAGAAGCAGGUUUUCUUCUCUCUGGGGGCUGGAUACUACCUCGAAGAAAAAGCAAGGGAGGCCAAGCAUCAAUCAGGUGUUUGGUGAAGGAGUUGAUUCAGUAAAGAAAUCCCUCGAAGGAAUCUUUGACGACACGGUCCCAGAUGGCAAGAGGGAAAAAGAAGUGGCGCUGAGCAGUGUCCAUCAGCACAAUCCCGACUGUGAUAUUUGGGUUCACGAGUAUUUUACGCCGUCUUGGUUCUGCCUGCCGAACAACCAGCCUGCUCUGACAGUCAUCCGCCCUGGGGACACCACUCGAGAUGUGCUGGAAAUGAUUUGCAAGACUCACCAGCUGGAUCACUCCGCUCACUACCUGCGUCUUAAAUUCCUGAUUGAAAACCAGAUUCAGUUUUAUGUACCAAAGCCAGAAGAGGAUAUCUACGAAUUGCUUUACAAAGAAAUAGAAAUCUGUCAGAAAAUUACGCAGCACAUUCAAAUAGAGAAGUCUGAUGCAUCCUCUGAUAUUUAUGGUUUCUCUCUGUCCUCCGUGGAAGAAGAAGGGAUUCGUCGGCUGUAUGUGAAUGGUGUCAAAGAGACAGGCCUAGCUUUCAAGAAAGGCCUGAAAGCUGGCGACGAAAUUGUGGAGAUUAACAAAAAAGCUGCUGAAGAUCUGGACUCAGCUUUGCUGAAAGAUGUCCUUGUUCAGCCUUCACUGUGUCUUACUGUACGUACCUAUCCUGAAAUAGAGGAAGGGCAGAAAUUAAUGCAGCCACCACCACGUCGCUUGGAAAACCCAUCUGACUUGAGUGACAGCACGCUGGCAUUUGCCGGAAGCAACCAAGGGCACUCGCUUUGUGGUGACCCAGACAGCUCCGUCGAGACGGCUGCAGAGGAGGCAGAAGCGCAAGACUUGGAAUCAUCUGAUGAGGCCGAUAAGAUGAGCAAGAGUACAGAACAGGUUGCUGCUUUCUGUCGCAGUCUUCAUGAAAUGAACCCUUCUGAUUCAAGUGCUCAUCCUCAGGAAUUCACAGGACCCCAGCUGGCCACCAUGAGACAACUCACAGAUGCGGAUAAGCUGCGAAAGGUUAUCUGUGAACUUCUUGAAACAGAGCGCACCUAUGUCAAAGACUUAAACUGUCUGAUGGAGAGAUAUCUGAAGCCUCUACAAAAAGAAACGUUCCUCACACCUGAUGAGCUGGAUGUUCUCUUUGGGAAUCUGACUGAAAUGGUAGCAUUCCAGGUAGAAUUCCUGAAAACUCUUGAAGAUGGAGUAAGGCUGGUUCCAGACCUGGAAAAGCUUGAGAAAGUUGAGCAAUUUAAGAAAGUGUUAUUUUCCUUGGGUGGAUCCUUCCUCUACUACGCUGACCGUUUCAAGCUGUACAGUGCCUUCUGCGCCAGCCACACAAAAGUCCCCAAAGUUCUGGUGAAAGCCAAGACGGACACUGCUUUCAAGGCAUUUUUGGAUGCUCAGAACCCCAGACGGCAGCACUCCUCCACGCUAGAGUCUUACCUCAUCAAACCCAUCCAGCGGAUACUGAAAUACCCUCUCCUGCUGAAGGAGCUCUUUGCUCUGACGGAUGUAGACAGUGAAGAACAUUAUCACCUUGAUGUGGCCAUAAAAACAAUGAACAAAGUUGCCAGCCACAUCAAUGAAAUGCAGAAAAUCCAUGAAGAAUAUGGGGCGGUGUUUGACCAACUCAUAGCAGAACAAACGGGGGAAAAAAAGGAGGUUGCAGACCUUUCUAUGGGGGACUUGCUCUUGCAUAAUACCGUGAUAUGGCUUAAUCCUCCUGCUUCACUAGGAAAAUGGAAGAAGGAACCUGAGCUGGCAGCAUUUGUGUUCAAAACAGCUGUGGUCCUUGUGUAUAAGGAUGGUUCCAAACAGAAGAAGAAACUUGGAGGAUCACAUAGAGCUUCAAUUUAUGAAGACUGGGAUCCGUUCCGCUUUCGUCACAUGAUACCUUUGGAAGCACUGCAGGUUCGAGCGUUGGCAAGUGCAGAUGCAGAGACCAAUUCUGUAUGUGAGAUUGUCCACGUUAAAUCUGAGUCUGAAGGCAGGCCAGAAAGAACGUUUCACCUUUGCUGUAGUUCACCAGAGCACAGGAAGGACUUUCUGAAGGCAGUGCAUUCGAUUCUGCGGGAUAAACACAGAAGACAGCUUCUUAAAACCGAAAGUUUGCCCUCAUCCCAGCAAUAUGUUCCUUUUGGUGGAAAAAGAUUGUGUGCUCUAAAAGGUGCAAGGCCAGCCAUGAACAGGGCAGGUACUGUAGGGCUACAGACUUUCAAGAUCCCAGUAACCCCAGCACCAUUGUAGGACGUGGUGUUAUCUGAUACUUGUGUACUAGGAUUGGCAUUCUCUCCUGUGAAUGUAAAAACUGCUGUUUUUCCAUGCUUCACCUCCUCGAGAGCCUUAAAUUGCCUCUGUUUACCUUGCUUUGCACUCAAGGUUCAGCUUCAGAGAAGUCCUUCUGGCAUGGGAGGAAGAAACACGAUUUCUGUCAAUACCAAUUGGCUGUGCACUUUAAUCUGGAAAUGGGUUUCAGCUGAACAAAACAGAAGCCCACUGCAUAUUUCUUAAACAAAAGCAUGUACAGAGUUUUCAAGCUAACCCUAGCACUUUUAGCUAAAAUUCACUUGGGGGAGCUGAUUUUUCUUGUGCGUGAUAUGGUUUGGAGAGACAGCUUUGUAUGUCCUCCGUUUUUAGCCUUUUCAGCUCUAUUGCUAAAGGGCACGUACUUCUCACUCUUUGAGAGGCAUGCACUUGAUGCUAUUAUUUUUGUAAUGGUCUGUCCUAAACCACGGAUUUUCCUUUUUGGUUGACUUCAGGCAAAAGCAAUGAGAAAAUCCCAGGGAAAAGCAGGUUUCACUUUCAGAACACUAGAUGAUGGAGGGAAGAAACACUUGCUUCCAACUGAAAAAUACUCAGCACUGCUGCGUGUUUUGUUCUGGUCUGUUGUUUUUUUUUUUUCUGCUCAUUAGAUCCAGCAAUGUAGACAACCAGGCUUUCUGUUCCUCUUCUGUAAUAGGCUGGCCAGACCAAUAACAUUUGCAGCAUGGCUUCUAACUUGAGGUGAUGCUAGCCAUCAGCCUCAGAGGCACUUAAAAUAGUAAGAAAGAAUAUUCAGAGGAGGACCAAAAUGCAUCUGUUUUACCACAGUGCUUCUUCAAUCAGCCUGUGGGGUUGAUGUGUAGAUGCCAAAACUUAUUUUAGUUUGGCUUGGCAGUGCAUUUGCAUGAUGAAUUCUGCUGCAAUUAACUAUAGGGAAAAGUCUGGAGAUUUUAAGACUUGCAACUGUUGAACUUGGUGCAUGUUUUGAGGGUCAGGGAUAUUAAAAUGUAACCCUCUCCCCUCAAGCUGCUAGAGUUCAAUGAAUAAAAACUGCAAGUGCUAAGGCGCUGUUUAGUGGAGGGAGACAAACUAUAACCUUGGAGUUCACCUGCUUGUGAUGGAGCUACCUGUGUGCGCAAAUAAAGUGCUGGAAUGCCUGCAGGUCCUUUGGCUGCAGGAUUCAUCCCCUGCUUUGUCUCAUAAGCCUCUUAUGAAAAUGUUCCAACACAGAAGAUGUGAAUUUGCUAAUUGGGCCAGUUGCAAAAGCUAGCAGACUAGCUGAUGCUGCGUAAGGAACUUCUGAAAGGUUUCUUUGUUUUUCUUGUUUUUUCCUCCGUAGUAAGGUGAAAGUGUGGAAGGGAGUAGCAGAACCUGGAUAGGAAACUUCCCCAUAAAUAAAGCAACAACGCCAGCACCUUCAGUACCGAGGUAGCUACUUGGAAACCUGUAAUGUUGCUCUUAGCCAAGACAAAGCAAUUUCCCAUAUCGACGUUUAAGGCUAGUUGAGUUUUGCUGUGUACUGACAGCAGGGAGCUGCUCCUGAGAAGCUGAGCUGAACAGAUGCACUUUGUGCUGGCUGGCUGCCUACCGCUUAGGAGGAACAGUAAUUGUGGGCCAUUAUCCCAGCUGUGGAUCUGAGUAGCAGAAACUCCUUUUUCAGCUGGAGAGAGACCUGUGCCGAGGAGCUGAGUGAAGUAUGACUUGCCUGCAGGGAGGAUACUGAAUGACUAGGUCAUUCUUGGGAGUCUGCCUGGUUUGCGCCUAGCGGUGUUAAAUAAAGGGCCCUUGGAAGACUAACUUUUUAAAGGGAGUUGUACCGUGUGUAAAAAGCCUCUGGGGUUUUAUCUUUGUGUGUGCACAGUGUCAGCCCCAAGCAAGUCUCUUGGGAGGAGGAGGCGGCGGCUGGCCCGAAACAGGUUUACCAUUGACUCAGAUGCCGUCUUCACGAGCAGCCCUGAAAAAGAGCCCCAGCAGCCCACGCACAGUGGGGACACUGACCGCUGGGUAGAGGAACAGUUUGACCUUGCUCAGUAUGAGGAGCAGGAGGACAUCAAGGAAACGGACAUCCUCAGCGAUGACGAUGAGUACUGCGAGGCCGUGAGAGGCGCCGUGGCCGACCGAGAGCUCCGGGAGCGGCUGCAGGCAGCCUCCAUCACGAGCAGCCAGCCAUGCCGGGGAGACCGCGCGCGCCCGGCCAUGGACACGCACGCCUCCAGGAUGACCCAGCUGAAGAAGCAAGCGGCCUUGACCGGCAUCAACGGCGACGUGGAGGGCCACGGCGAGGAGGUCAUCUGGGUUAGGCGUGAAGACUUUGUUCCCAGCAGGAAACUGAACACGGAGCUCUAAACUGGUCCCCUUCCCCGCCUGGAUGCGUAGGUCUCCCUGUCCUGCCCGCCCCCGGCACACCGCCAAGAGCCGAUCCCCGUAGAUUGCACACUUGCACACACCAUUUCGGCAGCUGAAUUGGUCCAAAGCCAUGUGGCCACACUCUAGGCAACUGUAAAACGCUCAAAACUUGGAACGGAGUAAGCUUAAGGUCCUGUCUUACGUUACCAAGGGCUUUCACACUCUUUUAUUUAUUCUAACAUAAUCAGGGGCUGAAAUUAAGUGUGGGGAGAACAUCACUGGAAAACAAAUUACUCUGGAUGUCUUAACCUACGUGCAGCAAACUAGCUUAUACAAUAGCACAACAAAGAAAGGGUUUUAUAACCGUAAAGCAUCAACCGUAGGUUCAUCUCCUUAAUGAGGAAACUGCCUUUUUAACGUGUACAGUCGCAGUAUUCUUACUACUUUUCCCUCUUUAAAUGUAAGAGAAUAUACAUGUAUUUUAGGGAUGUGUGAGGAAAGGUUUGGGAUUUAUGUUGUGUUAAGUCCUCUUGGUCUGUGGCUGGUCUAAUUUAAUGUCAAUGUUGGAAGCUCUAGUUUUGCAUAAUGUUAUAAAGAUGCCAAACUCUCUUAAGAGACCCGAAUUUAACACUUGAAGAAAUAUUUUUUUGUAUUUUACCUGAGAUGCAGGGGCACAAAGGGAUAAUAAUUUUACAGUGUUAGCUUAGCUCCACGUCUAGGAUACGAGGCUAGCUUUUUGCAGAGGGUUAGGAAAGGUGGUUUUUAUAUUAAAAUAUGAACUGGAAACUCUUAUUUAGGUAUAACUUUCUUCAGGAAAGGAUUACUGUAUAUGUUUGAGACUGGAGUUUAGUUAGAUAAUAAAAAGAAUAAAAUGGCAUGACCGAAUUGUAGUGGAGCAAACCGAUCUAUGGUGUAACCUUGCUGGAGCUAGUGCAGCAACAUCAUGGAUUCGUUUGGUCUGCUUUCUCUGACAGUUUGGGCAUAGGGGACAGGGAAUUCAUGGCCAAAAAACUGACCUCAUCCACUCUCCUGCUGUGGGUGAAACUAGUGUAUUUUCAUUCCUUUAUAAAAGCUUUUCCACUGCAAUAGAAUAUGAGUGAGUUCUAAACAAGCAAACCUCUUUAGCAUUUUAAAUCUUUUAUUUAAGCAUUUAAAACAGGGUAAAACGUGACUAAAAAGGUUUUUAAGUAACUUCCAAAUACAAAACACAAAUAGCACUUUUUUUUUUUUUAAAGAUUUAUAUAGCUUUUCCCAUUUCAGUUUCACCUAUGGAAAAAAAAAAAGAUUAUAUGAAGUUUUCUUUUUUUGGUAUCUAUUGAUGUUUGACACAUUAGUAGGUACUUUGAAAACCUGAAAUUUUAUAAUAGCUUUAGGAUUAUAUUUUAUAAAAUCCACUCUGACUAUAUUUUAAAACAUAAUGAAAAUUAUUCCCCCCGAAAUCCAUCACUGUCUUUGUGUCCCAGCUAGCAUUCCUGCCUUGCCCCCCACCCACUUCUGGUUUCUGGUGCACUAUACUUGUUCUUACGAUAGCUUUCUCCCUCUAACUUUUUGCUAUCCUCUCAUUUCUUUUCGUAAAAGCUUUAGAAAGGUUUCUAUACCUUUUGUAUUAUCACGCCAUUGUUUUAUAUCAUCUACCUGUCAGUUGUGUCCCAGCAUACUAGAAAAGCAGAGGUUUUAGCUGUCCUGUGCUGUACCCAGCGGAAUACAGUCAGUUCUGGAAUACUGGAAGGCUGGUACUGGAAAGGUACCGUUGUUCUUGUACAUAAUGUCAUGACAUGUCUAUGUCAAAGGUUCUUAUAUAUUUCUUUUAUAAGCUGAAAGAAGGUCUAUUUUUAUGUUUUUAGUUCUAUGAAUGGAACGUUGUAAAUGCCUGUCAGAAAUAAAAUACUGGA